AUGGUCAACAACAAGCAUUUUGUGCACUAUCCGGUGAUGGGCAAUAUGGACUUCAGAAAGGAAGUGUCUCUGCUUAUGCAAGUGCGCAACUCAGUGCUCACCAUCGACAUGCUCGGAAUCGAUGAAGGCUUAACAGGGACCAACGUCAUUCCGGAGAUCUAUAACUACUUUACCUCCUACUCAUCUUCGCAGUUCAAUGCGUCAUGGCAUCGGCCCCUGCCUGAGGACUGUCGUAGAUCAUCGAUGAAAAUAGUACGUUCGAAUAUGAGUACUAAGGGCUCUGAACCGAGCAUGCAUGACACGCCUGUCAUGAUGGUCUCUCAUUGGCCAUUUACAAUAAGCAAAGCGGGCGGGUUUGCGCUUCGACCUGGGGAAAUUCCGUGGUGGACGCUCAAAAUCGUGGGGGCAACGUGA